GCGGGGCGGGUUCGCGCUGCAGCGGCGGCGUUAGGGAAGGAGGAGGAAGCGGAGGAUGGCGGAGCGACACCGCUGAAGAUCAGCGAGAAAGAUGCGACCUCUGCUGACCCCUUUGUCUCGCCCUGUUCUGAUCCAGUCGAGGGAGUUUCUACAGUUCAGACGAGCAUGAGGCUACUCGCCUCGUCGUUCAUGACCCGGCUCAGUCACGCUCCUCUCUCCCUCAUGGAGUGUUAACGGACGCAGGAGCGCCCGGGUGUUGCCGCCCAUCAUCACACACACACACGCACUUACGCACGCGUACAGGUGCGUACGAACGCACUGAGGUGUAGCAGUGAUUUUUUUUAAAAAAGCUUUUUGUUUGAGUUCCAAACGAGAGACACGAAGAAAGGAGAGCGAGAGCGAGACUCGGGCUCUCAUGCUCCGUCAGGCCGAAGUGCUUUCACCAUGAGCAGCGCUUUAGGCAAAGACAAAGACUGCAAAGAAAAGGAGGCCAAAGUGCUCACGGGUAAGGAGCGCGACAAGGAGCACAAGGCGCUCGGCAGCCUCGGGAAGGACGGCAAGGAGCCCAAAACCAAAGGGAAAGACGCCAAAGAUGGGAAGAAGGACGCGGGAGGCGCGCCGCCGGCUGUCGCGUUCUCCGUGGACAACACGAUAAAGCGGCCGAACCCGGCAACGGGAAUGCGCAAGAAGUCCAGCAACGCCGAGGUGGCCAAAGAGCUGGUGAAAUGCCGCGACGAGAACGCGACGCGCCUGGACCUGUCCAAGCGCUCCAUCCACCUGCUCCCGUCGUCCGUCAAGGAGCUGACUCUGCUCACCGAGCUCUACCUGUACAGUAACAAGCUGCAGAGCCUCCCGGCCGAGCUGGGCUGCCUGUCGGGCCUGGUGACGCUGGCGUUGAGCGAGAACUCGCUCACCAGCCUGCCGGACUCGCUGGACAACCUGAAGCGGCUGCGCAUGCUCGACCUGCGGCACAACAAGCUGCGGGAGAUCCCGGCCGUGGUGUACCGCCUCACGUCUCUCACCACGCUGUACCUGCGCUUCAACCGCAUCACCGCCGUCGAGAAGGACAUCCGCAACUUGAGCAAGCUCACCAUGCUGAGCAUCCGCGAGAACAAGAUCAAACAGCUGCCCGCCGAGAUCGGAGAACUGUGCAACCUGAUCACUCUGGACGUGGCCCACAAUCAGCUGGAGCACCUUCCUAAAGAGAUCGGCAACUGCACACAGAUCACCAACCUGGACCUACAGCACAACGAGCUCCUGGACCUACCCGAGACUAUCGGCAAUCUGUCGAGUAUAAACCGCUUGGGUCUACGGUACAACAGACUGUCGGCGAUCCCCCGGUCGUUAGCAAAGUGCCGGGAGCUGGAAGAGUUAAACCUCGAGAACAACAACAUCUCCGUGCUGCCUGAGGGCCUGCUCUCGAGCCUGGUGAACCUGACGAGUCUGACGCUGGCACGCAACUGUUUCCAGUCGUACCCGGUGGGCGGCCCGUCGCAGUUCUCCACCAUCUACUCGCUGAACAUGGAGCACAACCGUAUCAACAAGAUCCCCUUCGGCAUCUUCUCUCGCGCCAAAGUCCUCAGCAAGCUCAACAUGAAGGACAACCAGUUGACGUCGCUGCCGCUGGACUUUGGGACAUGGACCAGCAUGGUGGAGCUGAACCUGGCCACCAACCAGCUGACUAAGAUCCCCGAGGACAUCUGCGGCCUCGCUUCCCUCGAGGUCCUCAUAUUGUCCAACAACCUACUGAAGAAGUUACCUCACGGCAUCGGGAACUUGCGGAAGCUGCGCGAGCUCGACCUGGAGGAGAACAAGCUGGAGUCGCUCCCGAACGAGAUCGCCUACCUGAAAGACCUACAGAAACUUGUGUUGACCAAUAAUCAGCUGACCACGUUGCCGAGAGGGAUCGGUCACCUGACCAACCUGACUCACCUGGGACUGGGAGAGAACCUUCUGCAGCACCUGCCUGAGGAGAUCGGCACUCUGGAGAACCUGGAGGAACUGUACCUGAACGACAACCCCAACCUGCACGGCCUGCCCUUCGAGCUGGCGCUGUGCAGCAAGCUGUCCAUCAUGAGCAUCGAGAACUGCCCUCUGAGCCAGCUCCCGCCGCAGAUCGUUGCUGGCGGCCCGUCCUUCAUCAUCCAGUUCCUCAAGAUGCAGGGCCCGUACCGCGCCAUGGUCUGAUCUCGCCGCCCGGAAACCACCACCACCACCACCACCACCCCCCGGAACCUACAGCCCGAACAAACAAACUAGUCCGUGUGCAGUUUCAGGACGUCCGAGAGAGAAAGAGGACACGACGACGAUUAUUCCAAAUCAUAAACCGGUUCAGGACGCGGUCACGGGCCUCGUAAUAUCGUACCACGCCGUGAUGUCAUCACACACACACACACACACACACACACACACACAAAA